AUGUUAAGACGAUUUCUUACAAAUCAAUUAAUUGUUUCUACGCGUUUUGUAUCACAAUAUUAUUCAAAAAAGAAAAUUCUUGUACCGAGUCGACUCGGUGUUACACCAGGUAAUCAACAUUUGGAAGUGAAUUUAUUUGAUGAUGAAAAUAAACAAUUACUUGGACGGAUGCAAUUAAAUGAAGCACAAAAAUUGGCUAAAUAUCGUGAUUUAAUACUUGUACUUUUUGAUGAAUCUCGUGAUCCACCUGAUGUUCGACUAAUGACGGGAAAAAAUUUAGCACAAUUACGUGAUGAAACACGUGCAAAUAAAAAGCGAGAAUUAUCAAAUGAAAAAAUAACUGAUUUUGUUUUACGUCUUCGUCCACAUAUUGCUGAAAAAGAUUUAUUAACAAAAUUAGCACAAGCUAAAGCUGCUUAUACAAAAGGAUGUAGUAUUCGAUUUUCAUUGGAUUUUGGACGUGCUAUUGAUGAAAAAGAAACGGAAAGAUUGGCUGCACGUGCUGAUGAACAAAAAGAAUUUCUUGCACGACUUAAGUCACAUCUUGAAGAAUUUCCUAAAGUACACACAAAUUCCAAAAGUACACGUUCAAUCAUUCUAAUUGUUCCAUCGAAAUUUCUAGUAGAAAAAUCAACUAAAAAACAUGAAAAAAACACAGAUACACAAGAAGAAAAAGAAAAAGAAGAUGAAGAAUCAAAAUCAAUUGACGAUAAUAAUAAAUCUUCAAUAACUUCACAACAUAAUCGUAAAAAAUCGAUUUAA